AUGGGCGGAUUAGGUGUUGUAGUUACUGAAUCUAAGGGUGGCAAAACAAGUGAUUAUCAGCUGACCCUUGCAGUCAAGAGUGGGAAAUUCAGUGCUACAAGAUUCUAUAACCAACAGCUGACAGAGAAUAGAGUUGAUUUUGCAGGAUGGGUUUGGGACAGACUUGUGAUUCCAAAACACAGGUUUGUCUAUUGGCAACUUCUCAACUCGCUGCUUCUAACUCGAGACAAGCUAGUUAGAAUCAUGCCAAUUCAUGACAUCAGGUGUCCCGUUUGUGAGCUGAAGGAAGAAUCGCAUGAUCAUGUUUUGUUUGAUUGCUUGUUUGCUAAACAUGUGAUUAAUCAUAUUUGGUCUUGGCUUGGUCAAGUUACUUGGCCAACUUCCAUCUCUGAUCUUUGUGACAGGUGUUUCUUGGCUCGGCAUGACAUCCAGAACAGAAUGAUUAAUGCAGUGGAUGCUGCCACAUUUUAUCUCAUUUGGCAAAAUAGAAAUAACUGUCUUUUUAACUUGUUUUGUUCUUCCCCACGCAGGAUUAGCCAGGAUGUGUAG